AAGAGGCCCAUCCAGCGGUGCGCGCUGCAUGCUGGGUGUCGUUGUUCUCCAAACGGCUUCGCUAGCUAGCGCCCCGCGGAGGGGUGUGGUGCCAGGCCUCGGGGACCGCUCUGUCCGCGCGUCGCUUCGCGCUCGUUCCCCGUGUUAAUUCCUUUCGGAUUGCAGGCCCUGACGUGUUUCAGCCAUGUCUGACAAAAGUGAGCUGAAGGCGGAGUUGGAGCGCAAGAAGCAACGAUUAGCUCAAAUCAGAGAGGAGAAGAAGAGAAAGGAGGAAGAAAGAAAGAAGAAAGAAACUGACCAGAAGAAAGAAGUUCUUCCAGUACAAGAAGAAUCUGAUCUUGAAAAGAAAAGAAGAGAAGCUGAAGCAUUACUUCAGAGCAUGGGGUUGACACCUGAGUCUCCUGUUGUCCCUCCUCCUACCUCUCCGUCUUCCAAAUCUGUGAGUACGCCAAGCGAGGCCGGGAGCCAGGACUCCGGGGAUGGUGCUGUUGGAUCUAGGACGCUGCAUUGGGAUACUGAUCCAUCAGUUCUUCAGCUCCACUCUGAUUCCGAUCUGGGGCGUGGACCUGUUAAACUUGGAAUGGCUAAAAUUACACAAGUUGACUUUCCUCCUCGAGAAGUUGUUACCUACACAAAGGAGACACAAACACCUGUUAUGACUCAGCCCAAGGAAGAUGAGGAGGAGGAAGAUGAUGUGGUUGCACCAAAACCAUUAGUUGAACCUGAGGAAGAAAAAACAUUAAAAAAAGAGGAGGAGGAAGAAGCUGCCCCUCAUGAACUCACAGAGGAGGAAAAGCAACAAAUUUUGCAUUCUGAAGAAUUCUUAAGUUUUUUUGACCACUCCACAAGGAUUGUUGAAAGAGCCCUUUCUGAACAAAUCAACAUUUUCUUUGACUACAGUGGAAGAGACUUAGAGGACAAAGAAGGAGAGAUUCAAGCAGGAGCAAAGCUGUCCUUAAAUAGGCAGUUUUUUGAUGAACGUUGGUCAAAGCAUCGUGUUGUCAGUUGUCUGGACUGGUCAUCUCAGUAUCCAGAAUUACUUGUAGCCUCUUACAACAACAAUGAGGAUGCGCCUCACGAGCCUGAUGGGGUAGCCCUUGUAUGGAAUAUGAAGUACAAGAAAACUACCCCAGAGUAUGUCUUUCACUGCCAGUCUGCAGUGAUGUCGGCUACAUUUGCAAAAUUUCACCCCAAUCUGGUGGUUGGUGGCACUUACUCAGGCCAGAUAGUGCUGUGGGAUAAUCGCAGCAACAAGAGAACCCCAGUGCAGAGAACGCCACUUUCAGCUGCUGCUCACACGCACCCAGUGUACUGUGUAAAUGUUGUUGGGACCCAGAACGCUCAUAAUUUGAUUAGUAUCUCAACUGAUGGGAAAAUAUGCUCUUGGAGUCUGGAUAUGCUUUCCCAACCACAGGAUAGCAUGGAGCUGGUUCACAAACAGUCCAAGGCUGUGGCUGUUACCUGCAUGUCUUUCCCUAUUGGAGAUGUCAACAACUUUGUUGUUGGCAGUGAAGAAGGCUCAGUGUACACUGCAUGCCGUCACGGCAGCAAAGCUGGAAUCAGUGAGAUGUUUGAAGGACACCAGGGACCAAUCACAGGUAUCAACUGCCAUGCAGCAGUUGGACCUGUAGACUUCUCACAUCUUUUUGUCACCUCUUCUUUUGACUGGACAGUAAAGCUUUGGACAACGAAGAAUAACAAGCCUCUCUACUCCUUUGAAGACAAUUCAGAUUAUGUUUAUGAUGUGAUGUGGUCUCCAACUCACCCUGCCUUGUUUGCCUGUGUGGAUGGGAUGGGCAGGCUUGACCUGUGGAAUCUCAACAAUGAUACUGAGGUUCCCACUGCAAGCAUCACAGUGGAGGGCAAUCCUGCUCUGAACCGUGUGAGAUGGACACAUUCUGGGAGAGAGAUUGCUGUAGGUGACUCAGAGGGACAAAUAGUUAUAUAUGACGUGGGAGAGCAAAUCGCCGUUCCUCGCGGGGACGAGUGGACGCGGUUUGGCCGAACGCUGGCAGAAAUCAACGCCAACAGAGCUGACGCCGAGGAGGAGGCUGCGACCCGCAUCCCGGCAUAGAGCCCGCCAGCAGGCUCCAGCUGCACUGGGGAGCGACAGGAUGCACAGCCUAGGGUUCAGUUCUAAUCAUAGCUUAGGGGACGAAUAUAUGGAUUCAACAGUGGACUUUGAAAUGUAUUAAGAGCACUGAAAAUCAGAUCUUGCAUUGCUAUGUUUUAUAUAUAAAUUACAAGCACAUUCUUGGAUUUGUGUAACUUUUAAUACAGUCGACUUUGACUUUGCAAGGAUCUUUUGCUGAAACACUAACCUGGUAUAAAUUUGCUACUUGGCUUCUGUAAAGUCCAAUCUGAAACGGUAUCUUUCUGAAAAGUAAAAGUUCUGCUCCUAAAACUCUCUGUAUUACAGACUAACCUUCACUAGGUAGUAAAUCUCUGAAGCAUUCUUUAAUUUGAAUUACUCGAAUUACCCAUGAUAUGCAUGCAUAUGUUCCAAGUUUCAUCGUUUAUAUAUAGAUAAGCCUCAGACUCUGGUAGUGGGUAAUAUAUGUGAAUAAAAAUUUGUCUGUAGUUACAAACUUACAUGAUAAUCAGACCUGAAUUAAUCAAAUACAUAUUUAAUACCAAUUUCCUUUUGUUUGAAUUGGUGCAUUAAAAGUUGAAACUGAUUCAUAAAUAAAUACUAUACGAGCACUUGUCAGCUGCUCUGACCUCUAAUCUGUGUCCCUGCAGUAGUUGAAGAUUUCUGGGAGCUGAUCCUUUUGUUUUACUACACAUAUCACAGGCUUGUUUUUUACCCCCAACCACCCCUUACUGCCAUGGCAAUUGGCCAAUAGCAAAAAGGCUCCUGUUAUCAAAUUUUUCUUUUCCAAAGGGUAAGGAACUUGACUUAAUUUCUAUAGCAUGAUGAUUUUCAUUCUGUAAGACUUGCUAAUAAUUUCCCCUACUAAGUUAAAGAUUUUCAUUGUUAUUAUUGAUUAUUAAUAUUUUUGUUAAAAUUUCUUAAUGGCUGAAAACAGGAUGGUUGGAAUUUCUUUUAAAGGUUACUUUUUUUUCUUUCUUACCACAUUAUGCAGUUUUCUAUCAGGACAGGUUGCAGGGGGGCUGUUUCUUUUGGGUUUUUUUUUGUAAUAAAUACUGUGAGUUUUACUAAUUAGGCACUAAAUUAGUUUGUAGCCUUUAAUUUAGGACUCUACAUUUGUUUUUAAUCUGUUACAAGCUUAUUGUUUUUCCAGAAGAGCUGGUUUUAUAUGCUUAAAAAUAGGAAAUAGGUUUAUAUUCCUUAGUUUCAUGUCCAGGAGUAUUGUCAUCAUUUCUUUGUUGUUUAACUUUUCUGUUUAGUUUGGAGGUUUUUUUUUCUCUCCUUGUCUUAGUUCUGUUAUUGUGAGCAUCUUCUAGAGACACAGCAGUAACAGCAGUUGUCUUCAAAAGUUUUCUUUUUUGGUGGGUCUGGAAGUGAAACGUGUUUAGGCUUUCAUUGGUGUUAGUAUUUCAAGAGUGUGUCCCCCUCUUUUUUCAAAGCAGCCAUGCUGCUCUGCUUAGUUUGCAGACAUUUAUCCUCUGUGUUCUCCUCACCCCUACAGCAGACUCUCAGCGGAGAACCAUGUGAACUGUGUAAAAGCAGGCACUUCAGGAGAUAGUUUGUACCUUUAGGCAGAAGAAUUCUUAACAAGCAGAAGAUGUCUUGGCUGGGUGGUUUUAGAGAGAGGGGGUGCUUGGGUUUUUGGUUGGUUGGUUUUGUGGGGUUUUUUAUUGUGAUUACUUCUCAUUGAAUAAUACAUUUCCCUCACACUUUUAUUUUCAGAAAUCUAGUAGGUAAGGCUUUCUUUUGCAUACAUGCAGGUCAUAUGGCAUUAGCUUUGUGUUGUUUCAACCUUGUAAUAAUUUUCAGUUAUUAAAUUUAAUACUACUUUA